AUGGCCUCUAAAGUUUUCUCCCUCAAAUUCUUCUCACUAAUGAUUUCUUCAUUUGCCAUCAUCCAAGUGACAACAGCCGGAGAUCCAGAUAUCCUUUCUGACUUUUUAACCCACCCAAAUGUCACCAUAAUCGAUGGAAAUUUCUUCACAUUUACUGGCAUGCGUUCCCUUGUCGGGUCUGAUCCUCCCACAACCUUUAAGGCGUUGAAAGCAAGCAUGGCUGAAUUCCCAGCUCUCAAUGGGCAGAGUGUUUCCUUUGCUGUACUGGAAUAUGCAAAUGGAACCAUCAAUCCACCACACACUCAUCCUCGUUCCGCUGAGCUCCUUUUUCUAGUUGAGGGUACCCUUCAAGUAGGGUUUGUUGAUACAACCAACAAGCUCUUUACUCAGAAACUGCAAGAGGGUGAUUUGUUUGUGUUUCCCAAAGGACUUGUGCACUUUCAGUACAAUGCUGACCCACAAAGUUUUGCUAUAGCAGUUUCAGCUUUUGGGAGUGCAAAUCCUGGAACUGUUUCAAUUCCCAACACUUUGUUCACCACUGGCAUUGAUGAUACUGUGUUGGCCAAAUCCUUCAAGACCAAUGUUGCCACCAUUCAAGCUCUUAAGUUUGCUCUUGCUCCCAAGCCAUGA